AUCUAGGGUUUUGGGCUUUAUCGCCUUCCGCUACAUCUCAAAUCCUUUUAAAGCCAUCGUCUUCCUCACUAGCCCCUCUCUCACCAAACGGCGCACGCGCACACACACACGCAGAGUCUGAGACCAAACCCUAAAGGCCGCCGCCGCCGCCGCAACCAUGUCUCUCGUGGCGAACGAGGAGUUCCAGCACAUUCUGCGUGUUCUGAACACCAACGUCGAUGGAAAGCAGAAGAUCAUGUUCGCUCUCACCUCCAUCAAGGGUAUCGGUCGCCGUUUAGCCAACAUCGUCUGCAAGAAGGCCGACGUCGACAUGAACAAGAGGGCUGGUGAGCUGUCUGCUCAGGAGAUUGAGAACCUGAUGUACAUUGUGAGUAAUCCCCGCCAGUUCAAGAUCCCUGACUGGUUUCUCAACAGAAAGAAGGAUUACAAGGAUGGUAAAUAUUCCCAGGUGGUUGCCAAUGCCUUGGAUAUGAAGCUCAGGGAUGAUCUCGAGAGGCUCAAGAAGAUCAGGAAUCAUCGUGGUCUUCGACACUACUGGGGCCUUCGCGUGCGUGGACAGCACACCAAGACCACUGGCCGCAGGGGGAAGACUGUUGGUGUGUCCAAGAAACGUUGAAGAAUAUGUUCUGGCUGUCUGGGAGGAUGUCAUGUUGUUGCUCUUUUUGUGUUACUUUUAAAAAUACCUUCUAGUUUAGCAUUCUCAGUCAACUUAAGUUUUGGUGGAUUAAUGCGGAAUGUCUAGUUAUCUUCUAUCGAUUCCAUUUGGCUGCUUGGUACUUUGUGUUUGAGGAUAGUGUGGUAUGCAUAUGCAAUGGAAGCGGAUAAUUUUUAUUUU